AACAGAGGGCGGAGCCCCGGAGGGCGCCUGGGUAGAGCCGCACACUGGGGUGCCAGGAGUGAUCCUGGCGAAAGGCGCAUGCAGGCCCUCAGCGCGGCUCUUUUCCUGAACGCGGGGCAGCUUGGGCCUACAGCCGCCUGUUACGACCAGGAGGACGGCUCAGAGUGCAGCUGGCACGGGAGGCCGCAGCCACCCGAGCUCUGCACCAAUUCCCCUUCCCGGUGGCCCUGGGCACGCAGCAGCUCCGAGUUCCGCCCGCCAAGGAGGCUACAAUGGCCUGUGCCCGCCUCCGCCAGGCCCGAGGUGGCGCACUGCGGCGGCAGCCGUGGGGAUUGCAGCCCAUUGCCUGUGCGCCACCUAAGCAGCGCCCACGAGUUCGUGCCGGGUGCUCAGGGCACUGCGAAUCCCUACCCAGUCUGCUCCCUGCUCCCCACGACCCUGGAUGAGCACCUGCCUGAUGUCCCGCCCCCGCCUGAUGAUUCCCUUGUCCUCUGGCGAGGAUUCUCCAAGGGACCUCACUCCAUGGGCCGACUCAGAAACGCCAAAAUCCACGUAGAGAGAGCCGUCAAGCAGAAGAAGAUCUUCAUGAUUCAUGGCCGCUACCCAGUGAUCCGGUGUCUAUUGCGCCAGAGGGGAUGGGUAGAAAAAAAGAUGGUCCCUCCCCAAGGCACCACCCUGCCACCACCCCCGAAGGAUCUAGACAGUUUGGUGAUGGGUGAUAGUGAUGCCACAGAGGAUGAGGACGAAGAGGAGAAUGAGGAGUUUCGGGAGUCACAGCUGUUGGACUUCGAUGGGUUUCUGGAACUUGAUGACCUGGAUGGGGUACACGCUUUGAUGUCCCGCAUGGUUCGGAAUGAGACCCCCUACCUCAUCUGGACCACUCGGCGAGAUGUGCUGGAUUGUCGCUUCCUCUCCAAGGAUCAGAUGAUAAACCAUUAUGCCCAUGCAGGCUCCUUUACUACAAAGGUGGGCCUGUGUCUCAACCUCCGGAAUCUGCCUUGGUUUGAUGAGGCUGAUGCUGACUCCUUCUUCCCACGAUGCUAUCGCCUGGGAGCAGAGGAUGACAAGAAAGCCUUCAUAGAGGACUUCUGGCUGACAGCUGCCCGCAACGUUCUCAAGCUGGUGGUGAAGUCGGAAGCGAAGCCAUACUCCACCUCCAUCCAGGCAAGAGAGGAAGAGGUCUUAGAAAACCCACUGCCCAAGAAACAGGAAAAAAAGGCAGUGAUGGUGUCCCCAGAGUUUGUGGAUGAGGCUCUGAGUGCCUGUGAGGAGCAUCUUAGCAGCAUGGCCCACAAGGACAUCGACAAGGACCCGGAUGCCCCACUGUACUUGAGCCCUGAUGGUUGGUCCUUCUUCCUGCACCGCUACUACCAAGUAGUCCAUGAAGGGGCAGAACUCAGACACCUGGAGGCCCAGAUCCAUCGCUGUGAAGACAUUCUUCAGCAGCUUCAGGCCGUGGUACCCCAGAUUGACAUGGAGGGGGAUCGAAACAUCUGGAUUGUGAAGCCAGGAGCCAAGUCCCGAGGCCGAGGUAUUAUGUGCAUGGACCACCUGGAGGAGAUGCUGAAGCUGGUGGACUGCAACCCCAUGCUCAUGAAGGACGGCAAGUGGAUUGUGCAGAAGUACAUUGAGCGGCCCCUGCUCAUCUUCGGCACCAAGUUUGACCUGAGACAGUGGUUCCUGGUGACGGACUGGAACCCACUCACGGUGUGGUUCUACCGAGACAGCUACAUCCGCUUCUCCACACAGCCCUUCUCCCUGAAGAACCUGGACAACUCCGUGCACCUGUGUAACAAUUCCAUCCAGAAACACUUGGAGGCCUCCUGUCACCGGCACCCAAUGCUGCCCCCGGACAACAUGUGGUCCAGCCAAAGGUUUCAGGCCCACUUGCAGGAGCUGGGCGCCCCAAAUGCCUGGGCUAGUGUUAUUGUACCUGGCAUGAAGGCUGCUGUGAUCCAUGCCCUGCAGACCUCCCAAGACACCGUGCAGUGCCGAAAGGCCAGCUUUGAGCUCUAUGGGGCCGACUUUGUGUUUGGGGAAGACUUCCGGCCCUGGUUGAUUGAGAUCAAUGCCAGCCCCACCAUGGCACCAUCCACAGCUGUCACCGCCCGCCUCUGUGCAGGUGUGCAAGCAGAUACCCUGCGUGUGGUCAUUGACCGGCGACUGGAUCGCACCUGUGACACAGGAGCCUUUGAGCUCAUCUAUAAGCAGCCUGCUGUGGAGGUGCCCCAGUACGUGGGUAUCCGGCUCCUGGUGGAGGGCUCUACCAUCAAGAAGCCCAUGGCAGUGGGUCAUCGGCGGACAGGGGUCCGCUCAUCACUCCCUCAUCUGCCGACCCAGCAAGGCUCUGGGGAAGGCAAGGACUCAGGAUCCCCUACCCACAGGUCAGCUUCUAGGAAAGAUGUUGGGGCCAGGAGCCUGGGACACACUGAGAAGCCAGACUCUGCUGCUACCACCUCGGUCCCCGGAAAGGGGAAGAAAGCCCCUCCCCACUUCCCUAGUCUCCAUUCCAAGGCAUGGCUGCCUUCUCCCUGCGUGCUCCGACCCCAGGGCCGGGUCCUCAGACUGCAGCAUGGCCAGCUGGUGGGCUCUAAGGCUCUGUCAACCACAGGCAAGGCCUUGAUGACUCUACCUACUGCCAAGGUUCUGAUGUCCUUCCCACCUCACCCUGAUCUCAAGCUGGCACCCAGCAUGCUGAAGCCAGGACAGGCUGCUAUUCCCCGGCACCUUGGAGGCUCCCACUUUGGAAGUGCCUUGUGGCCAAUGCCCUUUGGAGUUGGACCUCUUCCUAGCACCCACAGGAAAGUCAAGGCCAAAGGCAAGUUCAAGGCCAGACUCUGCGACAAACCCAGGGCUGAGGCCUACCCCGAGAAGAGGCUGAGCCUCCCCAAACCCUUGACCCUUAUUUUGACAUGCCGGAGACGGAGGAUCAUGGGGACUAGGAGGCUAGAGAACCCCCUGCUCUGAUCUCCACUGCCCCAUCCUGGAUCCAGCAUCAAAUUAAAAAAGCAAGUAAAGUU